AUGACGAAGAGUGGGGUAUUUGAAGGGGAUCCAAGUAUGGUAGCCAAAGCGAUGGAGUUGAAGAGGGAAUUGCAGAAGUUGGUGAAGGCAAUUGUAGAUGAGGAUGAUGUUAAUGUAGGGGCAAUUGAUAGAGCCCAGCAAAUGUUGUGUGCCUUGAAGGAAUUGAAGGUUAAAAAAUCAAUAUCCUCCUCGAAGAUUCAUCCUCAUCAUCAUGAUACAAUUUCAGAGAAGAUUCCUGAGGAGUUUAAGUGUCCACUUUCCAAGGAACUAAUGAGAGAUCCGGUUAUUGUUGCAUCUGGUCAGACUUAUGAUGGGCCAUUUAUUCUAAAAUGGUUGAAAGCUGGGAACAGGACAUGCCCGCGAACUCAACAAGUACUCUCUCACACUAAUCUUACACCUAACCACUUGAUUCGGGAAAUGAUAUUACAAUGGUGCAAAAAUCACGGGAUUGAAUUGCUGGAACCUGUCCAGUAUUCCGAUGAGGAUGUAUUAACUGAAGCAGAUCGAGACCAUUUCCUUUCUCUGCUUAGGAAAAUGUCGUCAACAUUAUCUGUUCAAAAGGAAGCUGCAAAAGAGUUGCGGCAGUUGACCAAAACAAUGCCAUCGUUCCGGGCACUUUUUGGCGAAUCUCUUGAUGCCAUACCUCAGUUGCUCUCUCCACUCGCUGAAAGCAGGUCAAGAAACAAUGUUCAUCUGGACCUGCAAGAAGAUUUAAUAACAACACUUUUGAAUAUUUCAAUUCAUGACAACAAUAAAAAGCUUGUUGCAGAAACACCAAUUGUUCUUCCAUUUCUUAUGGAUGCAUUAAGACUGGGAACAAUAGAAACAAGGAGCAAUGCAGCUGCCACCCUUUUCUCGUUAUCAGCUCUUGAUUCGAAUAAGGCCCUCAUUGGAAAAUCAGGCGCCUUGAAACCCCUCAUUGAUCUAUUAGACGAGGGACACCCUUUAGCAAUAAAGGAUGUUGCUUCAGCUAUCUUUAAUCUAUGCAUAAUUCAUGAAAAUAAGUCGAGGGCUGUUCGAGAUGGUGCAGUGAGAGUGAUCUUAAAAAAGAUCAUGAAUGAAAUGCAUGUUGACGAGUUACUGUCCAUCCUAGCUAUGCUUUCGACUAAUCAAAAGGCUAUUGAGGAAAUGGGAGAGCUUGGGGCCGUCCCAUGCUUGCUUUGUAUAAUACGAGAGACUUCUUGUUCUCGCAACAAGGAGAAUUGCGUUGCGAUCCUUUAUACCAUUUGUUAUAGUGAUCCAUCCAAAUGGAAGGAGAUGAGGGUGGAAGAGAGUACUUAUGGUACAAUCUCUCAGCUUGCUCAAAAUGGUACUUCCAGGGCCAAGAGAAAGGCUAGUGGUAUUCUUGACAGGCUGAAUAGGGCCGUCAAUCUUACACAUACGGCAUGA